AUGGAAACAUCUAACGGUAAGUAUCUCACUAUAGAUUUUCACUUCAACGGCAUGUUUGCACCAAACCCGUUAGUGUACUUAGACCCUAUGAGAAUGUCAGUUCGUGGUGUGGAUUUUGGUGGCAUGGACUAUAGAGAAUUUGUGUUGUGGGUUUCAAAGCUGAUAAGACGAAGCUGUGAGAACUUGUACUAUUGUAGUACUCAUGAAAGAUUGGCAGAGGGUAUCAGAAGAAUCGACAAUGAUGCUGACUAUUUUGAGUUUAUUGAGGAUGGUUACAUGGAUAAGCAGGAGCUAAGGAUGAAUGUGUACAUUGACCACGAAAACGAACCCAUUCUUGAUUGGGCCGAUAAGGAGUUGUUAACAGAGGUGCAUACAUUUGACAAAACAGAUGAUGAUGAAUUCUUGAACAAGUUGUGUGGUAAACCCAUUCUCAAUAGUAAUCAAGAAGAAGUAAAUGAUGCUGAUGAUGAUGAUGAGGAUAGGGAUAAAUAUGAUGAGGUUGUGUUCCCUAUCUUUGAUGAGAAGCAAGAAUGGGAUAAAAUGGUCCCAGUUUGA